GGGAGCUGAAUAUUAUACAACACUUCUCUAACAUGUCCACUCUGUGGCUGCUUGAUUCUUCACUAUCUCUCUUUUUGUCAGAGACAGUUGGCCAGCGAUCGCAGGAUCUCCAUUCCCAAGACCUGGCUAACAGCAAACAGAAUAAUGAACACACAAUGCGCCAUCGGUUUCUUUAAUUUCACCUGACUUACUCCGUUAAAUUAUGAGCUUGGACUUAAAGACAACUAGAUACAAUUAAAAAUAUUAUUAAAUAAGUGAUGAUUGUAGAGUUUUCUCAGUUCUUGUUUGUAAAUAGAUUGCUUGAAGUUCGUGUGAUCGAUAUUGGCUUUUUGUUACAACAGUUUCUCUUAGUUUUUCAUUUGUCGUCAAAGAACAUAACUAGGUUGACCUCAUUUAAGCUAAGCUGCUCGAGAUAAUUUGCUUACACUUUCGAUAAAAGCAUCAGGAGAAGAGUGGCCCGGUUUGUAUUGAUAAGCACUUGACCAUGAGAGACCUUAUUGUGAUUUUCAUUCAUGGAUGACAGAGCCUUUGAAGCGUCAAGUCAAGUGACAGGUUGAUUCUCUCAUCAAUUAGCAGCGAGAAGAGAUCGUCAAAACAAAACAGACACCAGUCUCACUCUAACAUUUGGGUCGAUGAGCCAAUGACGAUACUUCAUUCUUCGUUUAGCGGAAGAGUUGAGUCAACACAUAUUUUUGUCUUCUUCACUUCAAAUGGUUGAUUUUGAGCAAUUUUGGAUGAAAACUAACAACACCAAUAACAUGGCUUGACGAAAUGACGGUUUUGACUAGCUAAAUUCUGUUAUUUUGAACAUAGUCCGAGAAGGGAUUCACGACUGCGAACAUGAAUAAUUAUGAAUAGGAACAGCCUUCCAAGUCCGAUGAACAAAUGAGUGGGAAAAUUUUGGCCCUGGUGCUUAUCACAACCUUGGCGCGUAACGUUUUAAUAUUAGGACGAAGACAGGAGACGAAACCCCAACACCAUGUGUUUAGGACUAAAAAGAACAAGGUUACUGUUAGACGGACACCAGUUAACUUUCAAGACUGGAAAACUACUGUUGGAAUAAAGAAAAAAGAUACAGUGCAAAAGAGUGGGCUAUUCCAUGCUUAUAAUAACGACGAAAUAGCGCAAGAUGAGCUGUUGGUUAAAGAGCUGGCUUUGUCUUCUGAUAUUGGAGAAGUCAAAAAGUCUACGGCGUGGGCAAAAGACAAGAAGCACAAAAGCACAAAGAUCUAUCCAACAGGAAAAACUAAGGAACCGAAAACAAAAGCAAGAUAUGCAGCACCAGCUGUGCCACUAUCAGAAAGAACCCACAAAAGAACAUCAAUAGCAAUGCCCGAACCUGGUAAAUCUCUACAUGUGCAUCCUGUUCCUAUUUCACGCACCCUCCUAACCGCAGUGGGUCUGUUACUGGACAGGAGGAAUCAUUUUGUAAAAGACUCUAAUGCAUUGUCUUUAGCCAAAGUGCUUCUUGACAAUGGCAACAAAACAAAUGAAAAACAAACAACUUUCAGUUCUGAUCCAACUGACUCUGUUUCUCCGUCUGGAUUGCCAUCAGGUUUUGGAAGUAAUAUAUUACGCCUCUUAAACGCCUCGACAUCGCAGCAGAGUCAGACUGGCGAACGCAAGUCAACCAUUCAUACUGAGCUUAUUAACCCAACAGAGUUAGGAGUCUCGAUAUUAAGAUUGUUGUUUGGACACAAGGCUCCCCUUGUUACGAAACCCACCUACACACCUUUGUUUCGCCAUAGUCCAACUGUUUCAAGUUCAAGAACAAGACUUGCAGAUCAAAGAAAACAGUUUAAUAAAGUAAAGGCGAUUAUAAGGUCCAAAAAACACCGCAAGAAGUCGUUUUCCUUUGCACUGGCAAAAGCCGUCAGCGAUCUUAUCAAGUCUAUGGCUAGGGAAGAAUUGAGGAAUUAUUUGCAAAAUAUUCACCAAGAUCCCAAACUUAAGAAGAAUAUACCCUCUUCAGGGGUGCUCAAUAAUGUUUGGCCCGCUAAAAAGGUGGUUGACGUCCAAGGGAAUCGAAAAUCAUGGGUUCUUUUGAAAAUUCCUAAGUCAGGAGACGAAAUAGUUCCUCCGAAAGACUUGUCUGAUGACCCGCUCGAAGAAAAAGAAACUGAUACAGACAGGCAAGCCGAGUCGGUGAAAGAACAUACAGGAAUUGUGGACACUUUAGGCAAACUUAACGACGCUCAACCAGUGUCUCAAGAAAUGCUUGAAAAAGGGAUUGCAGGGCCUUCAAGAAGUGCAGUGACUAAUGAAACACGAAGCUUUCCGAGCGACGUGAAAGUGCAACCAACUACCAGAGUUGGAUAUAGCGUAAGGAUUUUACCCUCAUUAAAGGGAAGUGCUGUAAAAGAACCCGACAGUUACCAUGUGAAUAGAAAGCCAGCCAGAAAGCCACAGCCAACCUCACAAAGCACAGCUGCAUUCGCAGAAGCCGUUAAGAAGCUAUUGCAGGCGGUGCAAUCAAGUAUUAAAAGUCUUCAGGGAAAACAGUUAAUAGGAUAUCCGACAGAUUUAGACUCGUUGGUAGGAAAUCAACUUCCAAGCCUUCAAAGCGCCCAGACCACAAACACAGGAAGUGUGAGAGGUAUAAAAAAUGACCCAACACCCGUAAAUUACGUUCAACCAGAAAAAAAGACUCGAUUUUUGCAAGAUGAUAAAAACCAAGAAAAACCACGCUUCGGAGAAUUGUCCGCCUUUACCAGAGCAGCUGGACAAGAAGAACCCCCUGAGCUUGCUCAUGCAAACGUGCUUUUUGACCCGUUAAAAGAUCUGGUAAUGUCCCCGUCUGAGCCAAUUACAAAAUCAGUUUCCCCAACAAAACCCUUUGGUCCAUCAGACAAUGUAUUAUUUGAGUCUGCCACAGAGCUCGGAAUGCCAAGAGACAGGCAGGAAUCAAGCACGGUACAGCACAUCAAGGAAGAUCUUGAGACAUUCGCUGAGAAGGGCCUUCAAGCUCAUAAUCACUAUCGCCAAGAACAUCAUUCUUCGAAUCUCCGUUGGUCGGAUGAGCUUGCUACUCAAGCAGAGAAAAUGGCAUAUGACAUGGCCAUGAGGGGAACCGUGCAACGAUCUGAAGUGGCAACUUCGAUGGGCUAUGGAGAAAAUGUAGCAAAGAUAACUGGUGUUCCAUUCAACGAUGCUGGAACGGUAGCAACUGAUAUAUGGUACAGCGAAUCACGUAAUUAUAGCUAUUCGUAUCCACGAGUUACACCGCAGACCGACGCAUUCACUCAGAUGAUCUGGAAAGGGAGCAAAGAAAUAGGCAUGGGAUGUGCAAAGGAUGUCGCCACAAAUGAUUUGUAUGUGGUGGCAUUGUAUAGGCCGCCUGGGAAUGAUCGAAAAUUUUUAAGAGAAAAUGUCAUUAACAAAGGAACCAUGACACAGGACGUUUAUUCCACAAUAUUUAAGAGGACACAACUGCUACCAAAUUCAACGAUUGGUUAACAGACCUUAUUCACAGAAU